AUGGAACCUUCUUGUGUUUGCCACACUUUUUCCAAGAUAACAUUGUUUGAUUAUGUUUUCCCUUUCCUAUUGCAGGUGUGGAUUAACCAGGGCGACAUCAUAUUGGUGGGAUUGCGAGACUACCAGGACUCGAAGGCGGAUGUGAUCCUUAAGUACACUCCGGACGAGGCCAGGAAUCUGAAGACCUACGGCGAGUUCCCCGAGUCCGUGCGCAUCAACGAGACGGUCACAUUCGUGGAGGAUGGCUUCGACGAGGACAUCGAGUUCGGCGAUGAGAUCAGCUCGGAGGAUGAUGCCGACUCCGUUGACAACAUCUGAUUAACAAGAAACAAAGUGGCGCCGGGAGGGACGACGACGGCGGGAGCGGCUGGAACGUCCGCCUCGGCAGCACCAGCAGCAGCAGAGUCAGUUCGAGAAUAGUAGGGAAUUUAAACAAUUGUAAAAAGCAGAAAGCAAGUAGCCCCGAGUCCUCCUCGAGAUCCAAGCAACAACCAACCAAUCCAACAUCCACAGAGCGGCGCAGCAACAGCAAAAUAGCAAAGAGAUUUAUCAACAGAAACCAAAACUAUAGUAUCAGUUCAUUUUUAGCCCCCUCAACGUUCAAUAUUCUCUUAAAUUUCUUGAACUUGGAAAUUCAAGUGGAUUCCAAAAUUCAAAUGGUUUGACUUAUGGCCGCCUUAAACCACUAAUUAUGAAAAACAAAUAGUAGAACUGUUACACUGUGCAAGGAAUGCAACUUUGCGAAACUUAAACUAAUAUUAUUUGAAUUAAAAAAGAAAAAACAAAGAAAAACAAAUGAAUAUUAGUUAUUAUUUACCCAACAAAUCUAUCGAACUAUAUGAGAAAAAUAUACAAAAUAUUAAUGAAAUCUACAACUCAUACACAUAAAUAGGAGUUUAGCGAACACACUAAUGUUUAAGGCAAAGGGUAAGAAUAAAAUAAUGAACAAUAGGCAGCGAGAGGAGGUUAGAGAGUUUCGAUUGUAGCUAGCGAGUAAGCAAAAUCAAAUCCAUGAGUUUUUGCCAGAAGAUUCUGUGCGCUCCAUCCCCCCAAAAAGUGUUCCUUCUCAGCAUUUCGUCUCAUGUCUUGUUUUUAUUGUACACCUGUGUUAUAUUUGAUUAUUUUUCAUAGCAGCAUCAUAUUCCAAAACGCCCUUUUUGUUUUUGCUGUCCAUGCAUUCAGUUUUCUCCACUUAGUUGUAAUUCGAACCAAAUGAUGAAAACGUAAAAGAUGUAAAAAGUAAAAUAAAAUAUUGAUUUUUGUAUGAGUUGAACUCCAAUAAAUGGCGUUGAUUAACCCGAAUGCAAAACAGCA